UGGCCUGGCCAGAGUCGCUAAAUGGCCUCUUUCGGACUCCGCUCCGCGGUCCAGCCCCUCCUCCGCCCUUUGUCCGGUGGCUGGCCCGGGUCUCUGCAGGCGGGCUUCGCUCAGCCAAGUCAGGCGGCGCAGGACGCUGCGCGAGCUCCGGGUGCUACUUGUUGCAUUUCUGCAGAAAAAUGUUUCUCCGGGUGCGCGUCGUGGGGCGGAGAGGGGGAGCAAGAACUGAGCUUUUUGUUUGCAGCUCGAGUCCGGAGAGCUGGAUUCCCUGGCACGGAUUCUCCCCGCCGAGUGGAUUCCCCAGCUGCAGGCGGGAGCCUUUCCAAGAGCUGCUUGGGGCGCGGCUUGGCUGCUGCGCCCCAGCUGCUCAGCCCCCGCAGCCCGCACCUCCUCGUUCGGGGUCCGGGACUGCGAGUGCGGCCUCAGUGGAACAGCCGGGGGAGGAGCCGGAGUGCGCAGGCUGCGUCCGGAAGGGACCCAAGUCGGCGAGUGGCGAGGAAACCGGGCGGAAAUUCGUUCUUCCCACACUCUGCCCCCCGGGGAUGCAGGCGUGGAAAGAGGAGACGGCGGAGGGAGGAUAGACCCCGGCAGGGGGAGGAGGAAACGCUAAGUGGCUUCGCGUCUGGUCAGUCCGAGCCCGGGACGCCAAGUGAGAAAAGUACCACCCUGCGGGAAGUUCGGGCAGCACGGAGUCCGCCAGCAUUGUACAGAAGUUUGGGGGAGCACAGUUUGUCUGCAAAGAGCUGUCGGCGGGCUACUGUCAGCAGAGGCUAGUUCGACCCAUUCUAACUGUUGCGUGUUUGGGUUUUUGACGUCGAUGGUAGCGGAAGAGAGGCACCGCCCCCUUUAGGGAUCUGAACUGAGUUAUUUGCUUGGCCCUGCUCUAGGCUAGAGCAUGGAGAAAGCUCAGAACUGGUUCUACCACCGUGAAAGUGCCUCUGUCAGAUUUCGGUGAUUUAGUCCCAUUAAUUCUCCUCCAGUCUUACAGCCCUGCACGUGUGCAUAUAUAAAAAAUAACCUUUCCAGAACCUCUGGUAACUGCUCCCUGCGGGGGUGGGAGUGGGGGAGGGUGUGCUCCCCUUUAUGUCUGGGCUUGCAGUGAUCUUCAGAGUCUUUAGGCCCCAAAGUUCUCAGGCCUGGCUUAGUUAGGGAAGUCUUCUCAUUUAUUAUCAAUAGAGAAUGGAGCAUUUAUCAAUCGCUCCUUUGAGGGCAGCCUCUGCUGAGAAUGAGAAUGGGCAAGAAGAAAGAGCUGUUAAUUAUUAUUUGUUCACACAAACUAUCUUGCUAAAAAUAAAGGCCCUUUUUCUCAGUCCACCCUACCCCCAAAGUGUUCAGAAAAUGUAAUUUUAAGAACCUACUCUGUGGAAAAUUAAAGGAAAGAGACAUAUCUUCCCCUCAAGAAGCUGACAAUGUAGAAUACAUUUAUGUGGUUUUCGUGUGUAUCUCCAAUGGUCUCCAUGUCUGUAAUGCUACACAGUGAGAUGUGUGAUUUGUUUUCAGACCAUCUUUCUCUUCCAAGAGUUAAAGUGGUAUUUUGCUUGAAUCCAGCAGCACUUAGAGCCCCUGGUAAUAAAGAAGUAAAGAGCUGUAAAAGCAACUCCAAAACUGGAAUCCUUAUUACAGCUAGUUACCAGGCAAGAGGCAUCUAAUGAGAAUUGAGCGUGUGCCAAGCCCCAGGACGAACAUGGGAAUGCUGUGGCUGAUAAGAUACAGUACCAGGCCUCAGGGGCAACAGCUUCAUAAGGAGACUGAUGGGCAAGGAGCAAUGCAGUGCCAGUUGUAAGAGCUGAGCCCAGAGGAGGGGACCUCUGCCUGGACUGAUGGCAGAGGAAGGCUUCCAGGGUCAGGAAGUGCUGAGUAUUGCAAUACCUAGAAGCAGGUGAGCAGGGCGCUCAGGGGGGUAGCAAGAGAGUGAUUUAGGAACCUCCAGAACGUCUGUCUGAAUCUUUAUUGGUGAGAUUUUUUUUGACAUCUGUAUUUUUUGAUAGUAUCACAUAACCCUUGCUCGUACAAUGGCUUCCAAAUAAAUAUUCCUUAUUCCCCUUUGAGGAUUUCCAGCGGACAGUUGACCUGAUCGCACCCACGCUGCAACAUCAAGAGGUAUCUCUGCCUAAGUAAACCAGGUGCUGUACAAAGAAAAUGUCAUCUGUCUAGUUCUUGCCUUCUGGAACCUUGGAAUCUGCGGCGGUUUGUGUGGGACAUGUGUGAUAGAACAUCUAGACCAAGAUAGUCACAUAUAUAAAAUAGACUAUAUAUAUGUUGUAUAGAUUCUGUAUAUACAGCAUCACUCUUAGAAUAGGGCAACCUGGGGCCCUAUCCUGAACCCUGUAAUUUACAGGGUCAUGUUCUAGUCCUCCUCUGGCCGUGUCCCUGCUCAGAGCUCCUGGGACCCUGGAAUUCCUCGACUCGACUGCCUAAGUCUGUGCAGGCCUUUUCCCCAUCUGUCCUCCUGGUGACCAUUCAUGCCACAAGUCUAUUUACCCCUGGGACUGAGAGAAGGCCAAAGGGAAGCUAUGUAAAAAGAAUCUGGAGGUGUGGGCUGGGAUUUCCCCUGGUAUGCCCAGGAGGCCUCUGGGAGACUCCUGGUAAUUCUGGAGUCAGAGCUGAGGGGGUGAGGGGUGGGGUCCCAGGCCAGGGGUUUUCUCUCACACACUAACCUCAGGCUUCGCAAAUAUUUGAGACAGGCCUGUCCCUAUGUAGCAUUUUAGGAGGAGAAAGUACAUGGAUUUAGAGAGAACAGGGAGGAAAAUUACAGGAGUUUGCAGGAAAGCAUUUUUUAAAAAUGUUAAUUCUAUUUUAUUAUAACAGGGCCUAUACCUAAUUUUCUAUAAAAAACAAUAAUUUUUUUAGUAAAAGCAAGGCCACAGUUGUCUCCAUUUAAAUGCCUGUCUCUUAACUAUGUAAUGUCUUUGUUUAUGGGUGGAUCCAGGCUUGAUCAGUUCCCAGGAGGUUCAAGUAUUGAUUAUGCUUAAAUGUAUAAUUUGCAUAAACACAAGUGGACAUCCAGAAAAGAGUGCUGUUCAUAAGACAAACACGAGCUUUGUCACUUCAUUUGGGAAAGCCCGCUCUAUAAAUCUCAAGCACACGGGGGGGUGAUUGCAGAGGUCAGGAACACAGGCAAGUUUGGACUGGUACCAUGACACAUAUACGUGUUGUAAGGGUUCUCAGGCGUUCUUGCCCGGGCAUGGAAUCUUCCUGAGCUUGCCAGGGACCAGGGAUGUACACUGCUUUCUUCCCAAGCAACCUGUGGCUCCACUGAAUGGCAGCUGUAGAGGCAGGAAAGGCUCUCUAGCCAUGUCUUCUGUGGCCCCUGGAGCUGGCCUUCGUUGGCCCAGGCUGCCCUGGUGCAGGAGAGGUUACAGGAGGAGCACUCAGGCCCAGCCCCCACCCCUGCAGGGAGAGGUGGGCCUGCCAAGCUUGGCGGGAGCAGCUUUCCGGAGCUCACUCAGGGCAGCCUGCAGGGACGGCAGCUGCUUCCUCAGCUCAUGUGAGCCAACCCCAGACAGGCAGUAUGGCCCCUGACAGAUGAAGUAGGAAAUCAAGAGACCCCAGUGGUCCCUUGGCAUGUUAUCAAAUGGCCCCCGAACUCUCUCUAGCUGAAUGGGCCUCCUCACUGCCCCAGUCUGAGAGACAAGUGUCUUUGCCUUGGGGAUUAGGAAUGUGAAAAGGAGUACCCCUGGUUUACAGUGUAUCUGCUGAUUCCCCAUUUUCCCCCUUAAGGAAAUACAGGCAUGCAGAUCCCUGGCUAGAUAUCCGCCUUAUUAAAUCAGAAUCUCUGGGGGCAAAGCCCCAGCACCUGCAUUUAUAAACCACCAGAUGAUUUUUACAUGCACAUAAUUUUUGAGAAAAGUAAUAGAUGGUAUUUCCGAAACACCGGUUCACGAUUGGCAGAUCAUAUUAGAAUAACAACAAUGGCGAUGGUGGGCACUUACUCAGAGCUGAGUGCCAACCAGUGGUCCAGGCACUCUGCCUAAAGGAACUCAUUUCUUUCCGCAUCUACCUCGUGAGAUAGGAACUAUUGUCAGCCCCAUUUUACAGCAGAGGAGACUGAGGAGCUUAUUACAAAUACAGGACGCUAGGCCCACCCCCAGAGAAUGCAAUGCAGCACGUCCAGAAGAGGGCUGGGGGCCUUCACUUAGCACAUUUCCCAGGUUUUAUCUUAGGUACUGUCCCUGAACGAGAAUUCUUAGGGGCCCGCGCAGACCUGCGUCUCCUUUAUUAGGAGUUUGGGGAUAGAAAGAGGAGUGAGACAAGGCUUGGCAUGGCUGAGAGUUAAAUGCAUGUGAGAUGAUAAUCCUGGAGGAUGGCACCGUCCUAGAUACAUACCAUGGCACCAUUUGCUGUGAUAGCAAUGACCUUUAGAGAAGAAAAGAAGAACUGAAACCUCUGUGGAAAGAAAGCAUCAGUCCACCUAACACUGUAUGCGUGUAAGGCCGUUAACAAGGUGACUGCUCCCAACACAUGGGGUUUUAUGUCCAAGGAAAAUCCGUAUCCAUCAGCUCAAAGAUGCCUGAUUGUUUGAAACCAGCGUGUACACACAGACUGCAUAGCUUCAAGGACUGUAGCGCUCCUGGCAAGCUAAAAACGGAAAGGCAGUUGUUGACUGAGCAGCAUGACUUAGGCAAUAAGGCAAAUCCACAUACUGUUUAUGGUCAUGGUAUAAAGUUUGUUUUUGUGUAAGUGAAAUUUUAUAGCAGUCAUAUAACGGGGUCCUCCCUGAGAAUAGUACUGAGUCAGUAGCCUAAGGAAAUGCUUUAGGUAUCAAAGUAUCUCUUAUGUCUAAAUAAGUACUCUAAAAUAUUUGUCAUCUCUGAGAACCACACCGGUAAUUGUGUUUUACGGCACAACUUUCCAUUAUUCUUUUAUUGGGAUUUCUUCAUACUACAGUAAUAACAUUUAUUUAGCCGUUUGUAUCCCCACCUAGUUGGAACAGCAGCCUUGUUUUAUUUCUUUUUUGUGGUACUCACAGCUGUUGUUGAGUUGUCGAAGGGUUUUGGUAAAACCUGGAAGAAAGUUGUUCACAAUGUCAACAGUUAUUGUCUUUACAUGGUGAGAGAAUGAAUAAUUAUGUACACUCUCUGGCAUUUUCUAAAUGAUGUACAAUUACUAU